AUCAGUUUCUGAAGGAGAUUAGAGGAGCGCUAUAAAAGCGUCCGUCCGGAGACACACUGGACACGAGCUGACCAGAGACACAGAAGAAGAAACUCCAGCACACGUAAGAGUCAGACAUGGACGCCCCUGCACCCGCUGAGAAGAGAGGACCCCCAAAGUUCAAGCAGAGGACCGCUCGCACCUUCAAGAGCAAGGCUCCCAAACCCGGACAGAAAGGCUUCGGAGACGACAUCCCUGGAAUGGAGGGUCUGGGCACAGACAUCACCGUGGUCUGCCCCUGGGAAGCGUUCGGAGACAUGGAGCUCAGCGAUCUGGCAAAGUUUGGGAUCGUGUAGCACCUCAUCCAUCCUCCUGUUCUCUUCCCGAGAUCAUCCAUCAGCCAGCAUCUCUUCUCCAGACUGGACCAGAAGCAGACGCUCUCACCCAACACACACAGAAGAUGGGACGCGAUCAGCAGAUGAGGGAUAAAGCCUCGCUCUCAGAGCCACAACAGCAUUCAGUCUCUAAUAUUGCAGCAAAAUACAGAACUAUGUACAAAUCAACUUUAUUUUUUAACUGUAAAUAUGAUUAUGUUUGUGUCUGAAUCAAUUCAUCACAGUUGAGUAAAAACCAUUGAUUUGGCAGUAGAACUCAAAAAUAAAGUUUUAUUUUUACCAUAAA